GCAUCAUCAGUCGGUAUCGGUGUGGAACGAGAAAAGAGCAGUUCUCGUCCUCGCUCGUUUCAGGCGAAACCAGGUAUAAUUUAUUUAACGAAUAAUUUAUUGUGCUUCUUAUAUGUUAUCCAAAAUAACUUUCAAUUUCACCGGAUCGUGAAUAUUUGGUGAAUGAAUAGAGAUCAACUGACUAUUUUUAGUAAUAAAAGUGACUAUAUUUUCUAGUUUAGUGCUGUGACCUUGGUGGGAUCAAUACAAAACUUAAUCAUAAUUUAUUUGUAUUACUCAAGAGAGAUUUCAGUUGACUGUAGACAAAAAGACAGAUUAUUGAUUGUUUAUUAUUAUGGUGUAUUGUUUUUAAUACAUAAGAUAGGAAUCAUGGAUCAAGAGGACACUUAACUACUGAUAGAAGCUCUAGUUGCAUAAAUCGAAAUUGAACGAAGAAUCAAAGAACAAACAAAAAUGCCUGCAGUGAUAUCUAAAUUUCUUGAAAAAGGCGAACAUACUUUCCACGCGAACAAAAAUGUUUUCUCAGGAGCACUUAUUGCAGUUGCUCUUUGCACCUAUGGAUACAAAAUCGGUUAUCCAUUGGUAUAUUCAUUCAUUCAUAAACCAAAAAAUAACUUAACUUUAAACAAUAAUCACAUAGUUCAAACGGACGUAAGAAAGAACGGUGUAGUCAAGAACAAGAAACUGAAAGGAAGACUUAAAAAUAGUAUACCAAACUUCAAUUUAGCAUUUAUUUUACAAUUUAUUAAAUUAGUUAGGAUAAUGAUACCGAGUUUGUUUUGUACAGAAACUGUUCUACUAGGCGGCCACACGAUGUUUUUAUUUUUAAGGACGUUUUUGAGUAUUUAUGUUGCCAACUUAGAGGGUGCUAUAGUAAAAUAUAUUGUGAUGAAGGAACCGAAAAAUUUUGUCAGGCAGUUGGGUAAAUGGUUUGCUGUGGCUAUUCCUGCUACUUUCAUCAACAGUAUGAUUAAAUAUUUGGAGAGUCGAAUAGCUUUAAGAUUCCGUACACGACUGGUUGACCAUUCGUAUAAAUUGUAUUUCAAUAACCAAAGUUACUAUAGGGUUACAGUUUUAGAUGGACGUUUAGACAAUUGUGCACAACGACUUACUGACGAUAUAGAAACUGUAGCGAACACUGUAUCCCAUCUAUACGGUCAAAUAACGAAACCAUGCUUCGAUAUACUCCUCAUGGCAAUAGCUUUAGCAAAUUUGGUAAAAACACGCCAUUCCAAUCUUUUGAUAGGACCUGUAUUCAUUUCUGGAGUGGUUUUGUUUUCAGCAUUAAUUUUAAGGUUGGUGUCUCCCAAGUUUGGUCAUUUGGUGGCACAGGAAGCUGAAAAGAAAGGCUAUUUACGACAUGUCCAUGGAAGAAUUGUUAGUAAUGCUGAAGAAAUAGCGUUCUAUGGAGGUCAUAAAGUAGAAGAAAGCCAAUUGAAGCAGGCUUUUAAAAUUUUGGCUAAACACAUGGAGCAUAUGUUUGGAGUGAAACUUUGGUUUGUGAUGUUAGAGCAGUUCCUCAUGAAAUACGUUUGGUCUGGAGCAGGUAUAAUAGUAGUAUCAUUACCUAUUCUCCUAGCUUCCAAUAAUAGACGUCAUGUUGCUAAGAAGAAUCUUCUUUCCAUUCCCAAAUUCUCUAGAGAUGACGAUACAUCAGCAGUCGAAGCCUCCAAUGAUCAAAUCGAAGACAGCGUCUCUGAAAGGACCCACUACUUCACAACUUCGAAAAAUCUUCUGAUCACCGGAUCCGAUGCUGUUGAACGUUUAAUGAGUAGUUAUAAACAUAUCGUUGAAUUAGCUGGACAUACUGCAAGAGUGGCAAAUAUGUUCGAGGUUUUAGAAGAAGCCAGUAAAGGAAUUUAUCAUAAAACUCUCGUUGCGAAAAAAGAGAAAUUUGUCGAUUUUGAGAUCGAAUUUAAUGGUGAUCAACCUGUAGCUAAAGGUAAAAUCAUCCAGUCGACUAACAACGAACUUGUAUUGAAAAAUGUUCCUAUCGUUACACCAAACUGUGACAUUGUAUGUCCAUCUUUAAGUUUCUCACUAGCACCUGGACAGCAUUUAUUAAUUACGGGUCCAAAUGGCUGUGGAAAAUCUAGUUUGUUUAGAAUAUUAAGCGGAUUAUGGCCUAUUUAUGGAGGUGAACUUCAUACACCUAAUAAUUCCAUGUUUUACAUACCUCAAAGGCCUUAUUUGGCGAUAGGUAAUUUGAGGGAUCAAGUAAUUUAUCCAGAUACUAGUGAAGAUAUGAAGAGAAAAGAAAUAACUGAAGAUCAUUUAUUGAAAAUAAUGACGAUGGUUCAUUUGGAUCAUAUUGUUGAAAGAGAUACCUUCCACGAAGUCAAGGAUUGGACCGAUAUUUUGUCUGGAGGCGAAAAACAAAGAAUGGCAAUAGCUAGGUUGUUUUACCACAAACCUAAAUAUGCUCUCUUGGAUGAAUGCACUUCUGCAGUAUCGAUCGAUGUUGAAAGUUUUAUUUACCAGAGUGCCAUUGAUAUGGGAAUUACUCUUCUGACAAUCACACAUAGACCUACAUUGUGGAAAUUCCACACUCAUAUUUUGCAAUUUGAUGGAACUGGAUCCUGGAAAUUCAGUAAAUUGAACCAUAGCAACAGGUUAAAUUUGAAGAAAGAAAAAGAAGUACUUUUGAAAACAAUAGACAAUGAAACACGAAAACAAAGACUCAACGAACUAAAUAAGUUACUUGGAGAAGAUGAUCCAUAAUAUUUUUACAUAAUCGAAUUGUGAUUUUAAUUGUAGUUUUGUUGUAAAAAUAUACUACAUUGAACAAUUCAAUAA